GAAGAUCCGCCCCCUCUGUGAUUCAGGUUUAGCCCUUUUGCAGGUUUCCCAGCACAUUUUCUCAGCCUGGCAUCGACGGGACCGUUCGUUAGUCGGCGAUAAACCCAUUUAAAAACAUAUGGAAAUAGGGAGAGAAAACAGGGGGACAUCUCUCACUAACGGCCACACGUGCUCCUCUCCUCUCCCCCUCCUCGUAUGAGUUUCUGAAGAGGGAGGGCAGGGCAGCUUGUGCAUCUCAUCGUUUCCUCAUCUGGCGUCCGAGGGCACAGUCGUGUGUGAGCCAUGACUCUGAGCUCAGAGAUGUCGGAUGCCUCUAUCCUCUCGGAGGAGACCGACAUAGACGUGGUCGGCGAAGGGGAGGAUGGAGACAACCAGACUCGCUCCUACGUGGACGAGGUGGCGCAGAUGCACGACGGCAUCCUCCUGGACGGCUCUCCUCCUCCGUGCCUGGACAGCUCCGGCUCCUCGAGGGAUAGCUACAAACCCGCGGGCAAGAACAACCUGGUGAAGCCACCUUACUCCUACAUCGCCUUAAUCACCAUGGCCAUCCUGCAGAGUCCCAAAAAGAGGCUCACUCUCAGCGAGAUCUGCGACUUCAUCAGCAACCGCUUCCCGUACUACAGGGAGAAGUUCCCGGCCUGGCAGAACUCCAUCAGACACAACUUGUCUCUCAACGACUGCUUCGUGAAGAUACCGAGGGAGCCCGGGAACCCUGGGAAGGGCAACUACUGGACUUUGGACCCGGAGUCGGCUGAUAUGUUUGACAACGGGAGCUUUCUGAGGAGGAGGAAGCGCUUCAAGCGGCAGCAGGCGCAGGACUUGCUGAGGGAACACAACACUUUUAUCCCCGCAGCUGCUGCGUAUGGGUACGGACCGUACGGCUGCGGAGGAUACGGCAUCCAGCUCCAGUCCUACCAUACACACUCUGCACUUUUUGCGUUUCAGCAGCAGCAGCAUCAGCACUCCAGGCAUUCACAUGCACACACGGGAACCAUUAUCCCCGCGCCGUCUUUGAUGCCAACCAGCACGGACUUAGCCAGGAGCAGGUUUUAUCCCCAGCUCGGCUCCAGUCUGGGUUCGACCAGCGUGCAGGCUGCAGCCCCGGUGCAGAAGUCCAGCUCUCCGGUGCAGCGGUCUCCCUUCUCCAUAGAGAGUAUUAUCGGGGGGUCACUGAGCCCCUCCAGGACUUCUCCCGCCGUUAUCCCGGUCUUACCGUCCUCUUUGGGGCCUCCAUCGGCCAGCCAGUCGCAGACCGUCCACCCCGGAGCUGUUUUACACCCGGUAGAAAACUUUCCGAACAGAGCUGUCAGAGGCACUAGCGACUGUUAAAUGUCUUAACAACAAACUUUUCAAGACACUAAAAAAAACAAAAAAAAAACAAGAAAGAGCAACAAAAACAAAAAAAC